GUCGAAACUACGGAGGGUAGUCUUCCCCGAGCCGCCUCCGGAAUGUCCAGUAGCCGUAGGUCUUGUUCCAAAGUACAAAACAGGCCAGGGACAGGCCUUGUCAUGCUCGGCGGCGUUUCCAAGACGUCUGAAGUUCGGAUUCAAUGGGCUGGAGGAACAUCAGCACCAUUGUCGAAGGUCAGCUGUAUUUGGGCAACCUUCAAGCGGCCAGAUCCUCUCGGACCCUCGCCGAGAAGCAGAUCACCGCAAUUCUCUCCGUUUGCAGCGAUGAAAUACCCGCCGAGGCACCCCAGUCGGGUAUACGUCACAUGCGCAUCGCCGUCGAGGAUCGAGACAACGCCAACCUCCUUGUGCAUUUGCCCACAGCAUGUCAGUUCAUUCACCAAGCUCUCCACGAGAGGAAGGUAGUGCUUGUGCACUGCUGUCAGGGGCUUGGGCGUUCUGCCGCCGUCAUUGCUGCAUAUUUGAUGUGGUCUCGGCGCAUCAAUGUAGCUCAGGCGCAGACAGUCGUCAGAGCUGCGCGGGAGCAAAUAUGGAUCAAUGCUGGUUUCAUUGAACAACUUGUGCUCUUUGAAGUCUGCAACUACAAUCCCAACGCGUCCGACGGCGUGUACAUAAAGUGGGUUACCCAACUCAAGAAACACCAGCAAUAGCACCAGCCGCAAUGCCGCCUGGUCGUUUCCUCUCAUUCUCGUUCUCCAAUUUUCAUAGAAAAGUAGUAGGCCAGCCCUGACGGCCGAUUGUAAAGCCCUAUAGCUAGUAUUCCUUUCAUCUUUGCUAAUCUGUGGAUGUAUGAUUAUACACCGUUGUAUCACUGCUGCACUCACUCGUAUAUGUUCACUCUUAAUCUACAGUUUUUCUCGUCUCAUUACAAGCAUUGUC